AUGGCGGCCGCCAACGACAAUGAUAAAUCCAAUGGUGCUACUAUGAGAUUUGUCGACAUUGGUGCCAAUUUACUGGACGACCGCUACAUGGGGGAAUACAAUGGGAAACUACGACACGACCCCGAUUACGAAGAUGUCCUACAACGAUCUGUGGAAGCGGGAAUCACACACUUGAUCUUGACGGCGGGUACCUUGCGAGAAAGUCGUCGGGCGUUGGCAUUGGUUCGUGAACUGCGACAAAAGUGGGAGGAAUACAACAAGAAUAACAAUAAUGAUAGUAGCGAUGGUGGUGGUGGUGGUGGUGGUGUACUGCACUUUGGUUGUACGAUUGGAGUGCAUCCCACACGAUGCCAACAAGAGUUUGUGGAUCGAUGUGAUCCGGAAUACAAAGACGAGGAUGCAAAUGAUGACAUGAAUCUACCACCUCAUCCCAAUGAUCCUCAGCAAGUCUUGGAGGAACUCAAAGCACUCGCUGUAGAAGGCCAAAAGGAUCAAAGUGUCUGGGCCAUUGGGGAAUUUGGGCUGGAUUAUGAUCGACUCGAGUUCUGUUCCAAGGAGAUUCAACAAGAGUACUUUCAAAAGCAGUUACAGACUUUUCAGUCGGCUCCUGAGCUCCAAGAUUUGCCAUUCUUUUUGCACAAUCGCAAUGUGGGCCGAGACUUGGCGGAAAUACUACGGAGCCACAACACAAAAGGUGAAACAACUAGCGUUGGUUGCAAAGGUGUCGUGCAUUCUUUUGAUGGAAGCAUCGAGCUGGCCAAUGAAUUUAUUGAAAUGGGUCUCUACAUUGGAUUGAAUGGAUGUUCCUUGAAAACAGAAGAAAAUCUACAAGUGGUCCAGCAAAUUCCCUUGGACAAGAUUCUGUUGGAAACGGAUUGCCCCUAUUGUGACGUCAAGGCGACCCAUGCUGGCUAUUCAUUUGUCAAGACCAAGUGGGAAUCCAAGAAUUACAAAAAGUAUGAAAAGGGCAAAAUGGUCAAGGGGCGCAACGAACCCUGCCAAAUUGUCCAAGUUGCCGAAGUGAUUGCCGGUGUCAAAGACGUCUCGGUGGAAACGGUCGCAGACGCAUGCUAUGCCAAUUCCAUGGCAUUGUAUGGCUUUUGA